AUGAGUAACAUUAACAGUGAAACAUGGAACAACACUGAUAAAUUAAAACGAAAAUUAAGUGACAUAUAUGAUACUGAGAAUGAUAAAAAUGAUGAAUUAAAAAAUACAUCUAAAGUUUUAAAAAAUAAUCCAAUAGAAGAAUGUAAUACUGGCAAAGGAAAUAAUGAUACUUGUAAUACUUUUUAUGAAGAACAUAUGAAUAAUAAUGAAGCGAAAAACUAUGUAGUACAAAAUUUUGAUGGAAUUGAAAAGUCUGAAAACAAAGAACCAUGCAUGAAUGAAUCAAAUCAAAAAAAGAAAAGGAAAAAGCAUAAUAAAAAAAAAAAUAAUAAUAUGGAAAUGGGAAAGCCAUUAAAACAAAUGGUUAGAAUAAAUUAUUUAUUACAAGCAUCCUUUUUAAUGAAUAACAUGAAUCCCAAUAUAUCUAGGGAAUAUAUUAAAACAAUGAGAAGACUAUCUAACAAGUUUUUAAUAAAAUAUGAUAGAAAAUUUAAAAAGCUAUUUUGUAAAAAGUGUAAUUCAGUUCUUAUUCCAAGUGAAACAUGUGAUGUUUUUGUAAAUCCAUUAAAUUUACAAAAAAAACAUAAGCAAAUAAAUAAUAAUUAUGAUAUUAAGGAACUCAUAGAAGAAUCAACAAAUACUAAUAAUAUGAAACCAAGAGAUGAAUAUUUAGUUUCAUAUAAAUGUAAACAUUGUCAACAUUAUACCAAGCUUGUAUAUGAAUAG